AUGUCUGCUCAACUAGACAUCGCGGCCACCAGGGCCAAGUUCCCGGCUCUAGCUCUGGAUCAAGUCUUCUUCGACAACGCAGGCGGAAGCCAGACACUAGGCACCGUUAUUGACUCCAUCCGGGACUAUCUGUCUCAGACCAACGUUCAGCUGGGCGCCUCAUACAGGGUCGGCCAGCAGGCAACGGCCGCGUACGGUGAGGGAUAUCAGGCCGGCGCAAAAUUCAUCAAUGCAUCCCCUGAUGAAGUCGUCGUCGGUGCCUCUACGACCCAGCUUUUCCGUAACCUUGCCCAUGCCCUCGCUUUUGAUAAAGGUGACGAAAUUAUUGUUUCCGCAGUCGACCAUGAGGCCAAUAUCGCUUCUUGGCUCGACCUCGCCUCGCGCCAAGGCCUCACUGUGAAAUGGUGGAAGCCCGCCGGCGCGCCUAACCCGAAACUCACCGUCGAGAACCUCGAGCCCCUGCUCUCGGAAAAGACCCGUCUCGUGGCCUUCACACACGCCAGCAACAUCCUCGGUACGAUCCAUGACGUUGCUGCCAUCGCCGCCGCCGUCCACAAGGAGACGCCAAAGGGCCUCGUGUGCGUUGACGGUGUGGCCUACGCCCCGCACCGGCCCCUGGACGUACAGGCACUCGGCGUUGACUUUUACGCAUUCAGCUUUUAUAAAGUCUAUGGCCCACACACGGCGAUGCUAUACGCCAGCCGCUCCGUGCAGGACCGGCACAUGCGCUCGCUGGGCCAUUUCUUCAACCCGUCCGGCUCGCUCGAGGGUAAGCUUGGACUCGCCGGAGGCAGCUACGAGCUCGUCUCGGCCGUGCCGCGGGUGCUCGAGUACCUCGGCACGCCCGAUUCCGAGGAGUGGAAGUACAAGGUUGAGCAGGAGAGGCUGCUGCAGUUGACGCUACUCCAGUACCUCAAUGGCCGCGACGAUGUGACGGUGUACGGCGAGACGGAUGCCGGAACGGAGCGCCGAGUACCAACCAUCAGCUUCAGGGUAAAGGGGUGGGGCGCCAAGGAGCUUGUCGCAGCCGUGGAAAAGGACACCGACUUUGGCUUCCGAUGGGGCCACUUUUACUCCUACCGCCUCAUCAAGGAAAUCCUGGGCCUCGACCCCGCGGAUGGGAUUGUGAGAGUCAGCAUGGUGCAUUACAAUAGCCUUGAUGAAAUCAAGAGCUUCGUGGCAGCCUUGGACGAGGCACUGCGAACAAAGGAGUAA